UAUUGUAUUUCCGGUUAGGACACCACAGACGUUUGGCAAGACGAUGGCUGACUUUUUAAAAGGUUUGCCGUCACAUGAUGAGAAUAAUUUCACCAAAUAUCACACAGAUGCUAGUUGUAAAUCAAGUAUAAGAAAGCCCACAGUUUAUAUUUCAACAAAAGAUUAUCCAUCAGAACAAGUAAUAACAACUGAAAAAACAAAUAUACUUCUUCGAUAUCUACACCAGCAAUGGGACAAAAAGAAUUCCAAUAAAAAGAGAGAUUCCAGUAAAGCCAGUUUAGAUACAAGUACGGAAACCUCAUCAAAAAUGCCCCGACUAGGUGACGACGAUGCAUCAUAGUUACUAUUUAUUUUAUGUCAAUUGUGUUCAAAUGGUGAUUUCUACUGAAUGUAUGGAAGUUUUAAAGGUGCUGAAGAUGGAUAAGUGUUGUCAAGUGGAUGAGUUUCCUGUAAUAUUGAGACAAUACUGAUUGGAGAACUCUCAUUGCAAAAAAAUAUCAAUUCGCUAUGAGAUUUAAAACACAUAAGGGUAUUUUAGUGUAAAUGGCGAGGGCUGUUCCAGAAUUCAAUGCAGAGGGGCAUGGGAGGCAUAGUUGUAAACCCCAACCAUCAAGUACAAUAUAUAAUUUUUUUAUUUUACUUAAAAUAAUUCCUAAAAAAAAUUGAGGUAAAUGCAACCACCCAUAAUACAUUAAUUUGAUUGCCAGCUUUUCCCCCACCUAAAGUAAUUUUGGAACAGCCCUAGUGAUGAUACCUUUUGUUUCACUGUGAAAUAUCUCUAAAAAUAUAAUAAAUUGCAAACAGCAAUCACUUUUUAACUGUCAAUAAAUCAACAUUCACUUGAAAGUGCAAUCUGUUUAGAUUUUUCAAAAGAUCUUAAUGAAAUUUUUCAUAAACAGUAAACUGAUAUGGCCAUUGCUACCAUAGCUGAAACACAGUAAAGUUUAAGUCCCUUUUUCCGCAUAAAAAAAAAAAAAAUUAGGGGCAGUGUUUUUGUUGGUUGUUCAGCAUUGUGUUAUAGAUUGUCUUCUUUUAAAUCAGUUAAAUAAAAUGUUACUACAGUUCCUAUUCAGAAAAUUCAGUAAAUUCAGAAAUUAUUGCGUGCAUUUAUUAUUGCGAUUUUGUCAUUUUAAAUUUAAAUGUGAUUUUAAUUUUUACGAUUUUGAGAAAAGUCCUGCCAUAUUCAGAUAAAAUAUUACAAAAUGCGAGUUUGAAUUAUUGCGUUUACAAAUCUGUCGCAUUAUUCGCAAUAACAAAAACCUCGCAAUAAUUUCUGAAUUUACAGUAGUUACUUUUAAAAGAAGCUCAGUUAAAGUAAAAAUCCCACUUUAUAAUAUCAUAAAUUAUUAUUUCUACACACUACUUUUAAAAGAAUGUAAAAGGAACCACAUAUAUUUUAUUUGUGGCAUUGAACAAGACUAAUUGCAUUUGAAUGUACACAAUGUUCUCUAUGUAAUAGUCCAAUGACAUUAAUUUUAUGAUUUUCAUUGCAAUGACUAUGUAUAGGAGGACGGUCUGUUUGGCAAUAGAGGUUUCGGGUGGCCUUUUAUUUUAUUGUUUUAAACAGAAAAGUGUUGUUAUUGAAACUGUAUUGUUGAAAAUAUUGGUUUACAUUAAACCCUUCAUAUGUUCAUUAAUGUAAAAAAGGAAAGACAUUUCAAUAGUUGAAUUUAUUACUAAAACAUGAAUUUUAAGCUUCAAAUUAAUUAAGUUUAAUGGUACACUACACAUGGUUAAAGAUCUAUUAUAGUUUCAGAAAAAAAUAAUCAAAUACCUGAAUUACCUCCAAGGUUAAGAAUAGUAUGGUUGCAUGUCUUAAGAUUGAAGCACUUUAAAUUGAAUCAAUUGUUCUAUAGAAAUCGUAAAAAUUAUCAUAUUACAUGAUAGUAUUAUAUAAACUUCAAUUUGAUAAUUCAAGAAAAGUAAACUUUUUAUGAUAGUGCUUUAGAUGUUUUGUUUAAACUUUUAAUUAUAGUGUAUAUAGUGUAUAUUUGAUGUAAUUUGAUGUAAUUUUGUAUAUAUAGUCUUACAAUAAUAGAAUUGGUAGGUAAGAAUGAAGUUAAGUGUAUUUAUACAUGUGUCAUAUGAUAAUGGUGAUAUAACAGUUAGUUAUGUUUUAUUUAUGUUAGAGGAAUUACACUACAUUUAAAAAAAACAUAGUAUUUUAAUUGCAUACUGUGCACAUGUAGUUGAGAUUUUGAUAUAAGGGCAAGCUAUAUGCAUGUAGUUAACUUUUUGUCAUAUCAUCAAAACAAUUUUUAAAGUUCUGGAAUAAGUUAUUUCAAUCUGGAUAGUGUGACUUAGUGCAAUUGUAUUUAUUAAUACCUACUCUGAUAAAUUAUGUCCAGUUAAGGUGGUACCACACACUUUCACUAAAAUUAGUUUGGCUCGUUUAAUUUUCAUAAAAUUUUGACAAAGUAUCUACUUUGACUCAUAAACAAAAAAUAUAAAAAUUUCAAAAAUUUUGAACCAACCAUUUUAUCAGAAAAAUACACUGGUUAUAUAGCAGUUUGCCAAACACCAAUUUUUAUCACUGUGAAGCUUAAUAUUCCCUUUACAACACAACGUUAUUAAAACGUUUAGCUGACUUUACGGAGUUAUCUCCCUGUAGUGUUAGGUACCACCUUAAUAUAUUAUUACUGGGUUCAUUGUGAUUUUCCAAACUGAUUGACAAAGUGCUGGAAUACAUCUGUCAUGUUUAUUUUAUUUGAAAGUUUAAUUAUGAAAUUACAAAACAAGAGAAAUUCACUAAUAAAGAAUUUUGAUAAAGCAUAAUGUGUUGGCAGCUGCUUCUGUAUGAAUGAUCACAGAAAAAAAUAUGAAAAUAAUUUAGCAUUUUAACAUUUUGAACUUAAAAUUUUAAAAUUUGACCAAAAAAUUGUAGAACUAAACAUUUGAUAUCCAACAUACAUUUUCAGAGCAGGAUUUAAAGAUUUUUGCAAAUGGUUAGAAAAGUGUUUGAAUUUUGGCACACUUUGGGACUUUCAUAGAAUAAAAUAAACAUCAACUUAUGUUUCUACUUUUUUGUAAUAUGUGAGCAUGUGUUCCAAUUGGUUGCCAUUUUAUUACACCAAAUUAUGGGAACUUCAAAUGAUAUUAUCAUUAUGUUAUACUAGCUAGGUUGUGUAUUGCAUAUUUUCCCUAUAGUGAUUUUUUAAGCUCAACAAUUCUAAAACAAUAUGAAAUCUCAUCACUUAUCCUUAUCCUUCUUCUUAAAUUUAUGUUUUAUCACAAAUAUUUAGUAAUAAUAUUUAUACCAUAAUGAAACUAAGUAAAUGGUUCAUGUUAAAGAGGCAAAGAAAAUCUUAAGUUUUCCUAUAAAAUCUUUAAUUUACAUUCUGGCCAUUAGAGCAGUCAUAGUACUAUAAAACUAAAGUAAACAACUUGUUUUUACCGCCAGAAGAAAUUAUUCUUUUAUUCUAUAAGCUGGAAUAAUAAUUACUUUGUUUUAUAAACUAAAGAACUGAUUGUUUUGUUCUAUAAAGUAAAUAAUCAAAUGUUUUGUUCUAUAUACAUGAUAAACUGAAUAAUUAAAUGUUUUGUUCUAUAUACAUGAUAAACUGAAUAAUUGAAUAUUUUUUUCUAUAAACUGAAUAAAUAAAUGUUUUGUUCCAUAAACUGUAGAAAAUAUCCUUUUGUUCUAAAAACAAAAUGAAGAAAAAUUCACAACCAAACUCAUUUAUAUGGUUUUACUGUUAAAUUGAAAAAAAUAGAUGCAAUUCCUAAAAACAGAACUGAACUUAUUAAUCGAGUUAAUGUCAAUUUUUUUUAAUGACAUCAUGUUUUACUAUUACACAAAUAUUCAGCAUGGCAAGGAUUUUUUUAAAUAAUAAACUUCUUUUUUUAAUUUUAAGUUGUUUUAUAUAAAGUUAUAUUUGAAAUCCAUUAUAUACUGUGUUAAAUAUUUGUAUCAAUGAAACAAGUGAUUUUGUUGAAAACGCAAGCUAAAGCAGUAUAUCUCAAUUUGAAUAGGGUUUAAUAACAUUAAAGUUCAUAGUUUGGUUUAUAAAUUAUAGAAUGGAGAAAAAAAUAUAUGCUUAAUAGGCAAACAUUUUUUUUUUUCAUUUUCAAGAAAUUUACCUCCCGUAUUAGCUUCUACACAUAAUUUCAUAGUAGAUUUUUUUUAAUUAGAACAAAAGUUUUUACUAAAAUUUGACAGUGUAGUACAACUGAAGAAAAUUGAUGUAAUUACUGCAAUUUUUUAGUGCAUCUAAUAAAAGUAGUGUAAUCAUAUGAUAUUGUUUAGUGAUGUACCUGUUUUGUCAACUGUUUGUUGAAAACAACUAUUUUCUAAUCAUUUUUGUUAUUGUUUCAUAUAUACAUAUGUAUGUUGAAUAUGGAGAAUAAUUGUUGUGGAAUUAAUGGAUGGCUUUUGUAUGCAAAGGAGGAAAGCUUUACUUCUGGUAGCAUGACAUACAUGUAUAUAAUUCAAUAAAAAUGUUAACACUUUUUUAA